AUGACUGCCUGCCGAUGGACCUUCCCUCACACUCCCAUCUCCCGGGGUAGCAUUGAAGUAGAUGUCGCUACAAACCUUCUGCAGCCUACUUCCACUGACUUGUUGGCUUUGACUUUUGACUCGACUCGGGACUUGCCCGAGUCGAGUCAAAACAAGCAUGCUGAGCUGAGAAAGUCUCUCACCACCAUGUCUCUCAUUAUUUGCUGUCUGGCCUUUGUUCUUGGUGUGCUCGGUAAUGGAGUGGUUAUCUGGGUGACCGGGUUCAAGAUGAAGAAAACAGUUAACACAGUUUGGUUUCUCAACUUCGCUGUGGCCAACUUCCUCUUCACAGCAUCCAUGCCCCUCAGAGUGACAUACGUGGCUUUGAAUUCCCACUGGCCUUUCGGCAAGUUCAUGUGCAAACUGAACAGCACAUUAGGCUUUCUGAACAUGUUUGCCAGUGUCUACAUUCUGGUGGUGAUCAGUGUGGACAGAUGUGUGUCUGUGGUGUGGCCCGUCUGGACCCGGAACCAUCGAAGUGUACGCAAGGCGUCCUUUGUGAGUCUGGGUGUUUGGGUUCUGGCUCUGAUUCUCAGCGCUCCAUACUUCAUCUUCAGAGACACUGGGCCAUCAUAUAACAAUGAAAACAUCAUCAACUGCUUCAACAACUUUGCUUUUUCUGAUGACUAUAAAACACCAUCUGUGAAUCAGCUGCGACAGUUUCGUCAUCAGGCCAUGACCAUCACCCGCUUCCUCCUGGGAUUUGUUGUUCCCUUCACUGUCAUUGUCUCCUGUUAUGCUGUGAUAAUCCAUCAUCUGAGAAGAAACCGUACUCUGGCCAGCCAAUCAAGUCGCCCCUUUAAGAUCAUCGCUGCAGUUAUCACCAUUUUUUUCCUUUGCUGGGCUCCUUAUCACAUCAUGGCUUUAAUUGAGUUGGUGAGUUUAAUACCUUCUUAUCAAAGUGAAACAUUAGACUAUGUCACCACUAUCGGAGUCCCUAUAACCAACAGCCUGGCCGAUAUCAACAGUUGCUGGAACCCACUGCUGUAUGUGGUCAUUGACCAAGAUUUCAAGGUUAAAGUCCCCAAAUCCUUCCUGACGAUUUUGGAGACUGCCUUCAAGGAAGAGGUUUUUGGCUCUCACACUGACACAAAUUCAGUGGACACCAGUUCGAGCACUGGGAAGUCAGCUCUUGGUACUGAAGUUUGAGGCUGUCCAUGACAAGAAGAAACAAAUCCUGAAACUGUUGGCAGUUGACUGAUCGGGAAUUAAAGUGCACCACCUUUUAACUACACUUAUAGUUUUUCAACCUGAUGGAACUGAUGGUAAUAUUGUACAAUAUGUUGUGAAGACUUUUCAGAGCUAAACCUUUGUUGAAUAAGGUGUUAGUGGGAUAAAACCAAGAAAGUGGAUCACAUCA